UCUCUCUCUCCACAAGAUAUAUAUAUAUAUAUAUAUAUAUAUAUAUAUAUAUAGAAACAUAGAGAUAGGGUAAAAAGCACCAUUUGUCUCUCAUCAAUCUCUAAAAAUCCCAAGCUCUGUUCAAAACCAAACUCUUCUCUGUCUCUUUCUCUCCGAAAGGAUCAGCCCAGACUUCAAUGGCUGCUUCACUUCCAUUCUUCCUCAUGGAGCAAAACCAAGGACCCACCAAAAUCAACAUUGAAUCAGGUUCUUCCAAAUCGGAGCCUGCAAGUAACCGUGGCAGAAAGCCCAACAAAGGUCCACCAGCUUGCAAGAAGCAACCCCAAAGAGGUAUGGGUGUAGCUAAGCUAGAGAACCUAAGGUUCCAAGAACGAUUGAAGCAGAUGAAGGAAACCCAACUCGAGUCUUUUAAUGUUCAAUCCGCUCAGUCUAUAGUGCCCGAUCCGAUUCACAGUGUUCCGAUUCAGUUUGGCCAAGUAAGCUAUGGUGUACCCAUGUUUAAUGGUGGUGGGUUUUUGGGUUUUGACCAGGGUCUACUGGUUAAACGGAUUGGGAAUGGUGGGUUUGCUGAGUUGAAUGAUAGUCCUGGUUCGGGUCAGUUCUUGGUGAAUCCGUACGUUUUUAGAGCUCCAGAUAUGAGUGUUCGUGGUGGGACUACUGCUGCUGUGUUAGGGACCUCGAAAGAGCUCUCUUCAAUGCCAAAGCUGAUGCAGCAUCACGAGCACAGUCCCUCUGAUGUCUGCUUUAAGAAGAAGAGAUUCAAUGAGGAGAAUAUAGGAUAUAAUAACGGAAUGAGAGAAAAGUUUGCAGAGAUAUCAUCAACAAUCAAUGGUUCUGAUUUUCUGGGACUGAAUCCUGAAAAUCACAUCGACCUUAAUGAUCAAAUGGGGGGAUUUAGUACCAGAGCUGCAAGAAGUGCCUUGUACGCCAGUCAUAACGACAGUGAGGGUGUAGAGGUAGUGGCAAUCCACAGGAAGGGAAACCCAACGAGUGGAAGUGUGUUGAUGGAAUAUGAGUUUUUCCCAGGAAAAAAAAGUGGGAAAAGCAGUACGCGUUUCGAGGAAAUGGAAUUUCCUGCAGAAGCUUCAGUUGCAUUAGCGGGAGGUGGUGAAGCUUCCUGUGUUACAACUUCUGAUUACAGUGGUUGCAGUGCAUCUAAUGCUGCUUCUAAUUCUGUUGAUUUGUCCCUCAAGCUUUCAUAUUAGAGACAAAGAGCAAUGUCUGUUUUGGUGCUUUUAGAUAUCCGUGUCACUGUGUGUGUGUGAUUACCCUAUACCCUAUAAACCCAAACCUUUUGUCUUCCAUUUUGUCCUGGAACUGAUACACCUACCAAAGGGGUGCACCAUAUAUGCUUUCUCUCUUCAAGAUUGUCAGAACUGCUUAGCUUUUUUAUGAUCUUACCAUUGUUUCGCUUAUAAUCUAUAUCUUACUCUUCUAAAUCUCUAUUAAUUAUUUAUCACUAGCUAGGUUACUCU